UCUCCGUCUGUAGGCGGCGCUGUUGGGCGGCUCGACGAUGGUGAUCGCUCAUGUUCUGCCCGAGAGAGACGCGUCGCUGCUGGAGGAGUUUGAGAAGAUCCGCGCUCACGCCGACGCAGAAGCCUGCUGCGAUUACGCGCUGCACGUGGGCGUCACCUGGUGGGGACCGAAGGUGCGCAGGGAGAUGGAGGUGUUGGUGGGAGAGAAAGGUGUUAACUCCUUCCAGAUGUUCAUGGCGUAUAAAGAUGUGCUGAUGCUGAAGGACUCGGAGCUCUAUCAGGCGAUGCACACCUGUAAGAACAUCGGAGCCGUCGCUCGCGUCCACGCCGAGAACGGAGAACUGGUGCACGAG